AUGGGCAAUCCAUUUUUAAACGUUGUUUAAUUUCAAUGAUGUUUACCAACGUCUUAGUGAAAAAAACUGCAUUUUCUUACAUUCUACGAAGUAUUCAUACAACUAAUGCAUGUUCAGAAAUACAAAAAUUGACUAGGCUUCGAGUAGUAGAUAACAGCGAAAUAGGAAAACAGGCUAUGGCUGAAGGAAAACCUCCGAGAUGUAUACAUGUUUACAAUAAAACGGGAAUUGGAAAAAUAGGAGACAAAGUUUUAGUUGCUAUAAAAGGAGAAAAGAAAAAAGCAAUUCUUGUCGGACUUAAGCAGAAUCAAAAGACCAAAAUACCUAAAUUUGACAGCAAUAACAUAGUCUUAAUCGACGACAAUGGAACACCGCUAGGUACUAGAAUACACGUACCGAUACCAACGAUACUAAGGACUAUUCUCAAAGACAAAACUCAGUCCAAAGGUGCAGAUUAUACAAAGUUGUUGGGUAUCGCUUCCAGAUUUGUAUAAAUUUUAGUCUUUUUUUAAUAAAUU